CACAUCAUGCCACAUUAUUAAUGUCAUUAAUGUCCUUCCGUUGUCAUUCGAAGUUUCAGGCACCAGGCUCGGUGAAACCCCACCCUCAUCCAUACCUUAUGUACCCUGACCUCUCGACCCCCCGAUAUCUCGACAUCCGCAUCGAAAGAAGCCAUCCUCCUACACCAAAGAGAAUUUCAAGGCGUCCACGCUGAAGACCCUUUAUCUUCACCAUCCCAGCUUCGUCUUCAUCUCCGGCAAAUCUAAAAAACGGCCGCCAAAAUUCACUUCGCCACGAUUCCUCCACUCAGACUUUGGCGAGCUCUCCAGCUCCUUCCCCUCUGCUUCCCUGCGGCUCUGGCAUCCGGCUCCCACCAUCACCACCGAUCCCUCCACCUCGGUCUCAACAUGGCUUGGCGAAGCUCCGGUGCCUCCAACGUCGACCUCGUCGAGAACCUAUGGCGGAACGGGCUCAUCACCGAUCCCCGUGUGAAGGAAGCCUUUCUGAAGGUCGACCGAGCGCACUACGCACCCAGCAUGCCGUACAUGGACUCCCCCCAGUCCAUCGGCUACGACGCCACCAUCUCCGCCCCGCACAUGCACGCCCACGCCACCGAGUCCCUGCUGCACCACGUCCUCCCCUCGCCCCGCAACUCGGCCCCGCGCGUCCUCGAUAUCGGCUCCGGCUCCGGCUACCUGACCCACAUCCUCGCCGAGCUGGUCGGCGACCGCGGCCUCGUCGUCGGCCUGGAGCACAUCCCCGAGCUCAAGGACCUGGGCGAGAGGAACAUGGCCAAGAGUGCGGAGGGGAGGGCGCUCCUGGCGUCUGGGAAGGUGCGGUUCCGCGUUGGGGAUGGGAGGAAGGGCUGGGAUGAGCCCCCUAGGGAGGGGGAGGGGCAGGAAGAAGGGACGGCGGGAGAUCGUGGUUGGGAUGCCAUUCAUGUGGGUGCUGCGGCGGUGGAGCUGCAUCAGGAGUUGAUAGAUCAGCUUCGCGUGCCUGGGCGGUUGUUCAUCCCCGUCGAGGACGAGCACGGUUUUGGUGAUCAGUACAUCUGGGCUGUCGACAAGAAGGAGAAUGGGUCUAUUGCCAAGGAGAAGCUGUUUGGGGUGCGUUACGUGCCCCUGACCGAUGCCCCCAGACCACGAGAAGACUGGUGAAGAGUGAAUCUGAUCACUUGCUGGACACUUGAGGAGUCAAGUGGCUUGGAUGGCAGACUGCAGAACUCAAGUAUUUUGGAAGAUUCCCAUCGGAGCUGUUCAUUAAUUAUUAUUCAUUUUCUUUUUCGUCUUCUUUCGGCAGGCUCACAUUCCUUCAGAAUGAUACGGGUACGGAACCGACUACCCCUAUUUCUAGCUGUGUCC